AUGUUAUUUUCAACUCCAAACUACAAAUUAACGGAUGAUGAUAAAAAUUAUGUUUACGACCCGGCAGAAGACUCUUUUCUUCUGUUGGAUGCUUUAGAGAAAGACGUCCAGGAACUUAGAAGAGCAUUACCGACUAUUGCGGUCGAAAUUGGAGUUGGCUCAGGGAUAGUAUCAACUUUUUUGCGACAAAUUCUUGAAAAACCAAUAUGUUUGUUCGCUACUGAUGUUAACUGGAAAGCUUUGCAGUGUUCCAAGAAAACUGCAUCACUGAAUCGAGUGGACUUCGAAUUAAUUUUCUGCGAUCUUUCAUUGCCACUAAAUUGUCGUCUUCAAAGUGCUGUUGACAUUUUAGUCAUUAAUCCUCCCUAUGUGAACACGGAUGAUCCAGCAACUUCGGAUUUAGCGCUUAGUUGGUGUGGUGGUCCAACAGGUCGUGAUGCUUUGGAUCGUUUAAUGCCGUUGGUUCCUGGCCUUUUGUCGACGACAGGAGUCAUGUACGUUGUAGCAUCAAAGGCAAACAACAUUUCACAUAUUCUAACUAUGAAUCCGGGGUUGUCGGGUACUGUCGUUUUGGAACGGCAGUGUGGCUCAGAGCAUCUUUAUGUCCUUAAGUUCAUAAGGAAAGGUGCUAAUGAAGUAAGUAUUUAA